GUCCUACAAUUCUUACUGAAAAUCAUACUUUAGUAAGACACUUACUACAGCAACCAUUAAAAUGGCAUUCAAAGCUAUCCUUCUCUGCGCUUCUCUUCUGCUGGUCCAGACCAUCUCCGGUCAGAGUUGCGGCUGCUCAUGUGGCAGCUCUAGGGGCUCCAUCGGCUACGGCAGCGGCAGCUAUGGGGGCUCCAGCAGCUCCGUCAGCGCCAACUCCAUCGACAUCCAGAACAGCGGCGGCGACCUCCUCGUCACCAGCGUCGGCCCCAUCUCCCCCUCCGGCAUCUCUGUCUCCUCCGAGCUCAGCCUGAACGGAGACUUGGACGUUUGCGGGCAACUGCCGUUCCUGAGCGCCGUGCAGUUCUCUGGCGAAUACCCAACCAGCGGGUCUGGCUGCGUGGACUACAGCUGCGGCACCUGCGGGAACGUGGCCAUCACCAGCGUGCAGGGCAACUCUGGUUGUGGUUGUAGUUGCAACUAAGCCUUGCCACAUAACUUCGACCUUUGCAUGAUGACCAAAGCUUAGUUUUAUUCUUAGUUGUUUUUAUUUCUGCGGAUUAUUCAAAAGAAAACCACUUUCGUUUUUUCUUCUCCAAUUCCUAUGUUAUUUUCACUUAAAAUCAGUUAUAUUC